GCGGCUGUAGGUGUUAUGCUGCUCCUGGUGCUCGUGGUGCUCAUCCCGGUGCUGGUGAGCUCCGUAAGCACCGACGCCGGCCAGUAUGAGAUGCUGGGUGCCUGCCACAUGGUGUGUGACCCUUACCUGAGCAGCAAAAGUGCUGUGACAGGUCCAGCGGGCUCAGGUUCUGAGGCGCCGCCACCACCCUCCACGCUCGUCCAGGGGCCACAGGGGAAGCCGGGACGGCCGGGCAAACCUGGACCUCCAGGGCCACCCGGGGAGCCAGGCCCCCCGGGUCCGAUGGGGCCCCCGGGGGACCGAGGAGAAAGAGGGGACAGAGGCACGAACGGCAUUAACGGAGCUAUCAGCACAGUGACGUACAGCACACAGCCACGAGUUGCUUUCUAUGCUGGACUCAAGAACCCACACGAGGGCUAUGAGAUCCUCAAAUUUGAUGACGUCGUCACCAACCUGGGCAACAACUACGACGGCGCAUCAGGAAAGUUCAUCUGCGGCGUGCCUGGUACCUACUUCUUCAUCUAUCACGUGCUGAUGCGUGGAGGCGACGGCACAAGCAUGUGGGCUGAUCUGUGCAAGAACGGACAGGUGAGAGCAAGUGCUAUCGCUCAGGAUGCUGACCAGAACUACGACUACGCCUCCAACAGCGUCAUCCUGCACCUGGACGCCGGAGACGAAGUCUACAUCAAACUCGACGGAGGCAAAGCCCACGGCGGCAACAACAACAAAUACAGCACUUUCUCCGGUUUCAUCCUCUACGCUGACUGAACUGCAGCACUUGAGGAGAAGAGGAAGAAGACAUGACAGGGAAAGAAGAAGGCUUUAUCAUCCAAGCGCUUUGUUUUCACUUCAUAGGAUCAUCCUGUCUCUUCAACCUUUUAUUUCUUUAUUUUUUUUUGCUUUGUUUGAUGCAAACUCUAGUAAGAGACUCUCAGUGGACAGAGGGUGUUGUUUCUGCUCUAUGAAUCACCUUAAUGACAAAAAAAGUGAGGAAAAAUGAAAGUGUUGAAAAAAGAAAACUUUUCUUUCUUCCUUUGAGACUCCUGCAGGACUUUUGAG